AUGAGUUCUUACGGAUAUACCGACUCCGAGGAGGAGCUCGACGUCCGUAUCCAUCGCCAUCGCUCUCCGCCGGAGCGCCGCCCGGCUCCUGUUCACUACGUCGAGGCCCGGCGUCCGGCCCGGCCGCAGAGCUACUAUGCCACCGGCCCCAGCUACCUGGCGCCGGAGAACCGCAUCGUCGUCGCGUCGCGAUCCCGCUCAAGGGACCGGUCCCGCGAGCGGCGCUCCUCCCCGCCGACGUCGCAGGCCCCCCAGGCGCCCAUCGUCAUCAACAACUACCAGAACCACAACAGUGAUUCCGAUGACGACUCGUGGGACGAGCACCACGUGCACCACCGCUCGGCGCACAGCAGCCACUCCCGCUCGCGGGCCGCCUCCUCGGCCGCCGGCGCCGGCGCCAUGGUCGUCGCCCCGAACCAGGCCUUCAUGACGCGCGAGGAGUACGAGCUCGAGCAGACGCGGCGCGAGCUCGAGGAGCUGCGCCUCGCCCAGAUGAGGCGGAGCGGCCAGGACGACCGGGACCGGGACCGCCGCCGCCACGAGGACUGGGAGCUCAAGCACACGCGGCGCGAGCUCGACGACAUCCGGUCGCAGCAGACCCGGGAGCGCGAGGACCGGCAGCGCCAGAAGGAGAUGAACGACCAGGCCGAGCUGCAGCGCGCCAAGCGCGAGCUCGACGAGAUCAGGCGCCGCGAGGAGGCCGAGGCCGAGAAGAAGCGCAUCAAGAAGGAGCUCGAGAUGAAGCGGCUCGAGGAGGAGGCGCGGGCCAAGGAGGAGGAGGAGCGCCGCGAGAAGGCCGAGAAGGAGGCCAUCGAGCGGUACAAGCAGAAGGAGCUCGAGCGCCGCGAGAAGGAGAAGCGCGAGAAGGAGUGGGCCGAGAAGGAGUACCAGCGGCGCCUGCAGGAGGACCUCAUCAACUCGGGCGUCGACGAGAAGGACAUCCAGGCCAUCAUCAAGAAGGAGAAGGUCAAGCGCGCCGAGCAGGAGGAGAAGAAGGAGCGCCAGACGUACACGCGCAUGGCCCGCCGCCACCUCUCGCUCGAGACGCUGCGGGUGUAUGGCAUCGACUACGAGUAUGACAAGGACCCCAACUACCUGGUCAUCAAGCGCUGGGUGCCCGAGGACGAGCAGGACAUCCUGUGGCGCCACACCAAGAUCAUCCGCGAGAAGCGCGAGCGCGCGCUGUACGUCGAGAUCGACGAGCACAAGAAGAAGAAGUCGUCCAAGCUCGAGCCCGAGUUCGAGUGGGUGCGCAAGAAGGAGCGCCGCCGCAGCAAGUCCCCCGGCCUGCUGAUGUACCUGGCCGGAGCGAGGUAG